AUGGCAUCAACAUUCGAGAAGUCUGUGAAAGGAGCAACCAAGAUCAAGCUCGCAGCGCCAAAAGCAAAGUAUGUCGAGCAUAUAUUGAUCGCGACGCAUUCUGGAGAGGCGGCAAUGGCGGAGGUGUUUAGGGCUUUGAGCACGAGGUUGAGGGAUGGGACGUGGACGGUUGUUUUCAAAGCGUUGAUCGUUACCCAUAUGCUCGUCCGCGAAGGCGCCCGCGAUGCAACCCUAACCUACCUUUCCAACUCUCCCCGCAUCCUCACGAUCAGCACCAUCACUGCCGUCAAUGAGCAAGGUCAGAAUAUUCAAGCAUACGCGAAGUACCUGAGGGAGCGCGUGGUGGUGUAUGCGGAUGUGAAGGUGGAUUACGUGAGGCAGAAGUAUGAUAAAGCUGGGGCGGGGAAGUUGAGGACGUUGAGUGUAGACAAGGGGUUGUUGAGGCAUGUUGAAGGGGUGCAGAAGCAGAUUGGGUGUUUGUUGAAGUGCAGGUUCUUUCAUGGGGAUGUCGAUAAUGAGAUCUCACUCACCGCGUUCCGGCUUCUUGUUGCCGAUCUGCUCGCCCUUUUCCAGGCGAUCAACGAAGGAGUGAUCAACGUUUUAGAACACUAUUUCGAGAUGUCCCGUUACGACGCCGAACGUGCACUCGAGAUCUACAAAGUCUUCGUGGACCAGACAGAGGGUGUGGUGGAGUACCUGAGUAUCGCACGGAGUUUGGAAGGAAGCACGAGGUUGCAAAUCCCGAAUAUCAAACAUGCUCCAACGUCGCUGUUGGCAUCACUUCAGGAUUACUUGAAAGAUCCUAACUUUGAACAAAACCGGGCUCAGUAUCUCAUCGAUCAGGAGAAGAGGAGGACUGGGAAGUCUUCGUCGAAGGAGAAGCCUACGUUCAUGGCACCAGCGACCACCUCGCCAACGCAGGCAGCACCCAACCCUUUUAACGCCUCGACCACCACAUCACAGCCCGCGCAGAAGGGUGCUUUCGAUAUGGUCGACUUUUUUGCGUCGAUUGAGAGCGAGCAGCAGACGAUGUUCCCGAACCAAACUGGCGCAGCACCACCUCUCAGCAACCAGCUUGCAUACGCUCCGCCGCAGCAACCUCAUCUGACUGGAUUUGACUAUCAGACAGCCGGAGGCUAUGCACAGCCGCAGCAGAUCGGCGUACAGGCAACUGGAUACCAACCACAAUCGCCCGUUCAGCAACAGUCGUACAACCCGUACCAACAACAGCAGCAACCACCGCUCCAGCCUCAACAGGUUGGUGUGCAACCGACGGGAUACAACCCCUACACCCAGCCUCAGAGUCCUCCGUCGAACGGACACGGUCUGGGUACGAUACCGCAGAGUAACCCCUUCGGCGCGGUUACGCAGUCCCCUCCACCAGCGCAACCCCAGUUUCAGGCCCCUCAGCAGCAAUUUAGUCCUGUGCAACCACAGAUGACGGGAAAUUUGAAUCCGUUUAGGCAAUCUACGAUGCCGCCUGCGCAGCCGAGUUUUCAUCAGCAGUUCGCGAGUGAGCCUGGACCCGUAGUUAUGGCGCCACAGGCAACUGGUCACACACGGACGAGCACGAACCCGUUCUCGGUACCACAGCGGUCGAGUACGCUCCCACCGCAGAGCACAACCAGUCCUGUUCAGCCUCCCCGGACGUUUAGUCCGCCGAUGCUGUCGAGCGCGACCCUACAGCCGCAGAUGACGGGGUCGAGUAACCCGUUCAGGCAGAGUAUGGCACCGCAGAUGACUGGGAGUCCGGCCCCGUUGCAAGCGCAGGCCACGGGCAGUACGAAUCCGUUUAGGCAAUUGACUGUGGGUAUGGGGAUGCAGGGAGCGUAUGGGCAGGGACAGCAGAUGCAGCCGUUGAGGCCGCAGGCUACGGCAGGUGGGUUGGAGAAUUUGGAGACGAUUCCAGUGUUUCCUAGGCAAUACUAG